UAUGGCAUGUUUUACUCGUGCUGGGCAAUAAAACUAAUACAUAAUCCAGUAUCAACUUCUCUAUGAUAGAUCUGCUGUAUAAUUAUAUAUAGCUUUAAUAUAGACAAAAUAGUCUAGUUUCUUAUUAGCUUCAUGCAUACUAUAGAUCCAGCAAUUAUUAAUUGUCGUGAGUAUAAACUUACUGUACAUGUUGCUGUCAUCUUGCACACUUUGAUCUUCUACUUUCACAGUAGCCAAUGUCAAUUGAUGUUCAAGUAGAGAGUUGAACAUGAAUGCUGUACCGAACCCCACGUACAAGUAUGACGAAGCCUCGCCCCCUCCCACCCCCUCUCUCUCACCUACGUUGACAAGGUGACAGCCAAAACACUGCCUCCCUCAUGCCCUUCUGAACUUGCUAUUCCCACAAGUCUCUGCUAAAGCACACUCUUGCUUCAUCAAAAUGAUCCAAGAUUUAUGGUCAAUUGUAGUGUAUGUGGCAAGUCAGCAACAAAAUGGGAGACUUUGAGGAAGCAUUUACGAAAGCAUGAUGUUCAGAUCGACGCAAGUGAUCCAAUUACAAGUGACCCAGAAUCUUGUACAACCACAAAUGAUGACGUUGACGACGAUUCACUACCAUCGGUUACAUCGGUUUAUCCCAAGUUUGACCGGGCCAUGUUUCUUCUUCGCAGCACUAGCAGUUUAGCACUUAAUUAUUCAAGCAUCGAACAUCUUUGCGAAUCAACACAGACACUAAUGGAGCAAACUGCAGGACAAAUGCAGCAGAAAAUGUUGUGUUGUCUUCAAGAAAAAGGCAUCACUGUGGAUGAGGUCGUGAAGAAGAUUGUCACAGAAUGUUGCAAUGUUGAUGAAAUGUUUAGCGGUUUGUCUUCACGAGCGUUAAGAGAGAAAUACUACAAACAGCAUCUCAAUUAUGUGGAGAACCAUCACCAUCACUUCUCGACAAGAACUGGGACUGGGUGAAUGACCACGGCAAGAUGCAUCUGAAGGAGGUUGAGGCUAAGGGGUACUACAUUGAUCUCUGGGAGAGCUUGAAGAGUUUGCUAUCAAAUCCUGCUGUUAGAGAAGAGAUCAUUGGAAAAAGUCAUGUCAGUACAGAUGGUAGCAUGCGCGAUAUCUGUGAUGGGGACUUUGUUAAGAAACAUCCAGUCUUUCGAGCACAUCCAGAUGGUUUACAGUUUUUACUGUAUCAUGAUGACAUUGAAGUUUGUAAUCCUCUCGGAACCAGUGCUGGAGUUCACAAGUUUGGUGUGUUUUACUAUAUAUAUACAUUGGGAAACAUAAGACCAGUGUUUCGAUCAUCGCUCCAAGCUAUUCAACUACUUGGAGUGGCUAAGUCAUCAGACAUGAAUCAGAGUGCACGUGAUAUCCUCCUCAGAAACUUUGUUCAAUGCAUGAAAUUGCUUUCAACAGAUGAAGGAUACAGGUUAGAGCUAGACUCAGGUGUGGUAGUACUUCAUGGAGCUGUCGUCUGUCUCUGUGGUGACAUACCUGCUAGUAAUUUUCUUGGAGGGUUUAAAAAAGGUGUUGGGUUUGCGCUACGGAAAUGCAGGCAGUGUCUUUGUUCGAAGGAAGAUUUAAAACAUAAUUUUCAUGUUGGUGCGUAUACCCUGAGAGACUCUCAUAGUCACAACCAUUACUGUCAGCUAGUGGAAAGUGAUGUGAAUGGAUGUUUGGGGUACUCAACUACGUAUGGAGUGAAUAAUGCGAGCAUUCUUCUGGACAUUCCAUUCUUUGAUGUCACCAAAUGUCUUCCGUACGACAUAAUGCACACAAUAUUUGAAGGUGUUGCUCCACGUCUCCUCAAAGAGCUUCUUGUUACUUUUAUCAAUAUCAAGAAGUACUUCACCUUGUCAGAGCUCAAUCAGUCUCUUGCAUCCCACCAUUACGGAUAUUCAGAGCUUGACACCAAACCAAACACAAUUACUGGGUCGACAAUGGAGUAUCAUAUCAAACAGAAAGCUUCUCAGAUGAAAGCACUGAUCCGAUUAUUCCCGUUUAUCAUGGGGGGCUUUGUUCCAGAGGGCGAUGAACACUGGGGUUUUCUCCUAACUCUGUGGGAUAUCUGCACAAUGGUGACCGCAUUUGUGGUUACAGAGGCAGAUGCUUCUGAUCUGGCAUGGAAAGUAGAGUUGUUGCUAGAAACAUAUGUGCAACUCUAUCCAAACUCGCCCUAUGUUCCAAAGAUGCAUUAUCUUCUGCAUCUACCUGACGAACUAUUAAGAUUUGGUCCACCACGAAACACAUGGUGUAUGCGGUUUGAAUCCAAGAAUAAGGAGUUAAAAGGUUUCACCUCAAACUGCUUUAAGAAUGUCCCAUACAGUGUGAGUGUCCGACACCAGCAGAGGUAUUGUCACCUUCUAGCAGUGCGUCCUGGACAAGAGAUGUCAAAUUUCUUCUACAAAGGAGAUGAAGUAUCCUCAGGUAAAUUUCUAUUGCUGUUUGUAAAUACAGAAUAAUUAUUACUUUGGAGCUAACUUUUCCUAGGAAAAUCUGUCAUUUUGGACAAUGAUCUGGUAGCACCGGUUACACAACUGUGUGGAUUGGACCACCCUCAGCUGCCACUUGUUGCUUAUCGGUUAGUUUCGUUAACUUUCACAACAAGCUUGUACCAGUGUAUACAUUU